CAUGUCAGCACCCUGCCCCCAAUACCAUGUGUCCGCUCCCCCAUCCCUCCCUCCCCCCGUGCACCAAUCUAACUGUUCCCCCUGCAGCGAUGACCACGGGUUCAGCCCCCUGCACUGGGCGUGUCGCGAGGGCCGCUCCAACGUGGUGGACAUGCUGAUCAUGCGUGGGGCACGCAUCAACGUGAUGAACCGCGGCGACGACACGCCCCUGCACCUGGCCGCCAGCCACGGGCACCGUGACAUCGUGCAGAAGCUGAUCCAGUGCAAGGCAGACGUGUGCGCGGUGAAUGAACACGGCAACACGCCGCUACACUACGCCUGUUUCUGGGGCCACGACGAGGUGGCGGAGGACCUGGUGAGCAGCGGGGCCCUGGUCAGCAUCUGCACCAAGUACGGGGAGACUCCACUGGACAAGGGCAAAGUUCACCUGCGGGAACUGCUGAAGGAGCGCGCAGAGAAGCUGGGUCAGAGUCUGACCAAAGUUCCCUACAAGGACACGUUCUGGAAAGGAACCACCCGCACACGACCAAGGAACGGGACCCUGAACAAACAUGCCGGCAUCGACUUCAAACAGCUCACCCUCACUCACAAGAUGAACGAGAACCACUCUGGAGAGCUGUGGAAGGGUCGGUGGCAGGGGAAUGACGUGGUGGUGAAAAUGCUGAAGGUGCGAGACUGGAGCACCCGGAAAAGCCGCGACUUCAACGAGGAGAACCCCAAACUCAGGAUCUUCUCACACCCGAACGUGCUGCCGGUUCUAGGGGGAUGCCAGUCCCCGCCCGCCCCCCACCCCAUCAUCAUCACCCAUUGGAUGCCGUACGGAUCCCUCUACAACGUGCUGCACGAGGGCACCAACUUCGUGGUGGACCAGAGCCAGGCGGUGAAGUUUGCGUUGAACAUUGCGCGAGGCCUGGCGUUCCUGCACACACUGGAGCCGCUCAUCGCCCGGCAUUACCUCAACAGCCGCAGCAUCAUGAUCGACGAGGACAUGACAGCCCGCAUCAGCAUGGCCGAUGUCAAGUUCUCCUUCCAGUGUCCUGGACGCAUGUACGCCCCCGCCUGGGUUGCACCUGAGGCUCUACAGAAGACGGAGGAGAUUAACCGUCGGUCAGCGGACAUGUGGAGUUUCGCCAUCUUGCUGUGGGAGCUGGUGACCCGCGAGGUUCCCUUCGCCGACCUAUCCAACAUGGAGAUCGGCAUGAAGGUGUCUCUGGAGGGUCUGCGGCCCACCAUCCCACCGGGCAUCUCCCCGCACGUGUGCAAGCUGAUGAAGAUCUGCAUGAACGAAGACCCCGCCAAGAGACCAAAGUUUGACAUGAUCGUGCCCAUCAUGGAGAAGAUGCAGGACAAGUAGCGGCCGCGGGCACCGGAUAACCCACCCCCCCACCCUCGCCAACCCCACCAGCCUUACAGCACCAGAACCUCACACAGCCGGGAAGCCUCACCCAGCCAGGCCCACCGACCCCUUCCCACCCACUCCCCACUGUGACCUGUACCGACCCCCCUCCCUCAGUAACCAGUGUCACAGUGUUCCCCCCCCCCCCCCCCCC